CUGGGUUCGACAAACACCUCAGUCACAGGGCAGACGGACAUGGCUGGAGAGUUCCCAUACGCUCUCUGCGUGGAGGGCCAGUGGGACCCAAACACUCCCAAACUAAAAAAUAAACUUACCAUCUAUUUCCAGAGUAAGAAAUCCGACGGAGGCGACUGUGAGGUGGAAUACGGCGUUUCUGACAGACAAACAGCAACUGUUCGAUUCAAAACAGAGGAAGUGAGACAGCGAGUUCUGAACAAACAAAGGCAUGAGCUCAAGAUUGGUCAAAAAACAGUGAAAAUCAUUGUGAGUCUUCCGUCAUCAGACGCUUCAGUUCCUCAUGAAUCAACCUCUUCGGUCAGCACAAUCACGGGUGAACCCCACUGUGAAGAAGAAGAAGAAGAAGAAGAAGAAGAGACGGUUGAGCCACCUGAGAAAAAAGAAGAAGAUACAACCCAUAGAUCAGCUGUAAUUGAAAACAUCCAAAACAGCGGUCAAGAGUUUCUGACAAUGCUGGUGGAAAAUGUGCUGAAAGGAUCUUCUGCCGAGUCAAAUGACUUCAGCAUUGAAAUGAUACCAGAGAGCAAUUGUGCUGUGGUAACCUUUUCUUAUAGCAAGGAUGCAAACAACUUCAUUGUAUCCUGCCCAAGCAAUGGAAUUAUUAAGAGGAAAAACAUAAAAGUCAGAUUACUUGAGAUGACAUCAAAGGUGAAAGCUGAAGGCUUACCCCCGAACACCAACUUAGACUACCUCAUGCUCUAUUUUGAAAAAUUUGGAGAAGUAGAGGAUGAUGGGGUUACAAUGGAAACGUAUCAGUCAGCAAUAAUAACUUUUAAAAAUCCUGAAGAUGUGCAAACAGUCAUCAACCAUCAACAUCAGAUUAAAAAGCAGCCUUUCAGAGUACUACCAUACUACGAAACACUACAAACAGCUCUAUAUGGUAAAGAUAGACCCACUCUGAGACUUCCAGAGGAAUUUACUGAGAAGAUUGAUAAGACUAUAUGGCACCACUUUAAGGAAAACCAAAAAUCUCUGGGUUUAGUCACCCAAGCUAUGUCCAGUCAUUUUUGUGAGAUGGAUUUUCAAUCCUCAGCAGUAAAGAUCAGUCCUUCAUCAUCUUUACUUAACCGAGGCGGGCAGACAAGAAAACUCAUUCAAACAUGGAAAGAAAAUGCCCUCUCUGGGUUCUCAGUGGCAAUGUCUAACUUUAAAUCCAUUGAGCUCCACAUUCAGAAGGAUGCAUGGACAGAGAUACAGCCUGAAAUUCAAAAUACAGUGAUGGGAGAGGCAGUCACACUGGUUCCCUGCACAGAUGAAGGGACAAUAGCUGUAGCCGGACUGAAAGAAGAUGUGGACAGGAUUGAGGGAAUUCUGAGACAAACUGUUCAGAGAGUCACCCAAAGAAUCCAAAGGGAGAAGGGUAGUGAGACUGAUGAAAUAAAAAUAACUCCAUCCAUUUACACGCUUCUUUUCUGUGAUGGUUUGGAACAGCAAAUUCAAGACAAAUUUCCAGAAAUGGACAUAACAUACCAUGCGCACAGCCAAAAGUUAACUCUUUACGGUCUAAAAGAUGAGAUGCUGGAAACAAAGAACGAUAUACUGGAGGCUGUUCUUAAUUUAAUUCGUAAACCAAUUGAGCUCCACCAAUCUGUUUUAGAUUUUCUACACAAGAAGGAUCUGGAGGAAAUGUCCAAAGUUUUGUUUUUUAACAAAGAAAUUAAUGUAGCAUUAGAAUCUGAUGGAAAGAGAGUUUUGCUUGUUGGAAAAACAGACAAUGACUUGGAUGUUGGUGAGAAGCGACUGCAGACAGAUCUGGGUCAUUUGAGCUUCAACGUAGAAGAUCCCAGUGUUCUAACAAGAUCAGAUUGGCAAGACCUUGUCUCUCACAUAAAAAACUAUGUUAAAAAUGUUACAAUACAGACAUCCAUCAACCAGGUGGUGGUUUCUGGUUUUGUAGAGUCUAUCAAGGAUGUUGAACAAGAGUUAAAUGAUUUUGUUCAGAAAAACUCACACAUAGAGAAAACUCUGAAGGCUCACAAGACCGUUGUCACAUUCAUCAAGGAUCACAAAAGGCAGGAUUGGCUUGAAGAGGUGAAAGGUAAAGUGAAUGUGGACUUCAAAGAUGAAACCAUCAUGAUCAGUGGCCCAAAGCUUUAUGUGACUGAGUGUGUACCUGUAUUUGAGGACUUGCUUACGUCUGCGCAUCACUGCACCAUGAAAAUAGUUAAACCAGGGGCAAAGAAGUUCUUCAAGGAGAAAGAGUCAGUGUGUGUGACAUGUGCCAAGACAAAUAUGAAUUGUUUGGUCCAAUUAAUAGACGAGUAUGACCACCCACAUGACACUGUUCAAUCACAGAUAAUAAAGCCUGCUUAUCAAUAUAAAUCACAUGAAGGAAUUGAAAUUACAGUCAACAAAGCUGACAUGUGUUCAUUUCAAGCGGAUGCAGUGGUCGGUGCAUGCAAAGAGACCCUCCUACUGGAUGGAGGUUUAGCAAAAGCACUCUCAGAUGCUGCUGGUCCUAAACUUCAGAAUGCCUGCGACAAGCUUGUCAAAAGACGGAAGUUGACAACAGGUGAUGCAGUUCUCCUCGAUGCAGGAGGACGGCUGCGAUGCAAGCAUGUCAUCUUAGCAAUAGGACCACAAUAUAAUCCUUCAAAACCUCAGGAGUCCGAAAAGCUCCUGAAGAAGGCUGUGAAGAAGAGUCUGAAUGUGGCAGAUCAAGAAAGCUUCCAGUCGUUGGCAAUCCCAGCCAUUAGCUCUGGUGCAUUUGGUUUCCCUCUGGACCUUUGUGCAUGCACCAUUGUGAAAGCUAUAAAAGAGUUCUGUGAUUUUGUUGAAGGGGACAUUGCACUGAGGAAGAUUCACCUAGUUGACAAUAAUGAUAAAACGGUUCAAGCUUUAGAAGCUGCUGUGAAGAAAAUUUAUGGGGUCAGUUCACCUACCCAAAUCAUAACAGCUGGAAGCAGUUCAAGCAGCCAGCAGCAAAUCCAAGCAAGCUCUUCUCCAAGCCAACACCAGAUAACUGCGCUCUUUCAAGGGGCAUCACAAAGUUUUCAGACAAAAGAAGGCUUAACUAUCACACUUAUGAAAGGAAACAUUGAGGAUACAACAAUGGAUGUUGUUGUGAACACUCUCAGCAGUGACCUGAAUCUUGGUGUAGGAGCUAUUUCAAUUGCCCUUCUCAAAGCAGCUGGUCCACAGCUUCAGGUUCUGCUCAAUCAGCAAGUCACAGGCUCUGCAAACGUCGGAGCAGUCUUUGAAACAGCUGGUGCAAACCUGAAGAACAAACUGGUGUUCCAUGCAGUUGUACCACAUUGGAAUCAGGGACAAGGGAACGAGUCAAAGAUGCUGGAGGAUAUCGUGGAUAAGUGUUUGGGUCAGGCAGAGCAGCGUCAGCAGAGCUCCAUUGUUUUCUCUGCCAUUGGCACAGGAAACCUGGGAUUUCCAAAGCCACUGGUGGUCUGUACAAUGCUGGACUCGGCCUUCACGUUUAGCAGUAAAAGAAGUUCAAAGCACGUGAAGGAAGUGGUAUUUGCUCUUCACCCCAAAGAUACCCAAACCAUUCAGGCAUUCACAGAUGAGUUCAGCAAAAGGUUCAUAGGCCAGUCUGCCUCAGCGAGUAACCCCACACAGCCACAGAGCACAGGCCCCUUCUCAAAGGUCACAACGAAAUCUGGGAUUCAUGAGACUACAGUGGGAGGAAUAACACUUCAGGUCCUGAAUGGUGAUAUUACUACAGAGAAAACUGAUGUCAUUGUAAACUCCAGCAAUAAAGAGUUCACACUGAAAUCAGGUGUCUCAAAGGCUAUUAUGGAGAAGGCUGGUCCAAACGUAGAAGCUGAGUGCCAGCAGCUUGCGGCCAAGACUAACAGUGGACUGAUAAUGACUCAAGCGGGGAAUUUACAGUGUAAAAAGAUCAUCCACAUUUCAGCACAAAGCAAUGCUAUUAUGAUCCAAAAACAUGUUAAAAAGGCCCUGGAAAUGUGUGCCAAGGAAAAGUUAACCUCCAUUGCAUUCCCAGCUAUUGGCACAGGACAAGCGGGGUUGUCUCCAGGUCAAGUAGCAGACUCCAUGAUGGAUGGUGUGGUGGACAUGAUAGGAAAAUCUCCCCAGUCCACUCUCAAGCUGGUCAGAUUGGUUGUGUUCCAGGCCCCCAUGCUCCCUGAAUUCCUCAAAAGCAUGCAGUAUCGAGAAAAUGGACCUGCCAAACAAGAGAAAGAGAGUACAUGGUCAAAAAUCAAAACAUAUGCUAAAUCCCUCAUCAGUGGAUCUUGGGAGAAAGAAAUGAAACAACAAGGUGGCAAAGACUUUGUCAUUGAAGGCGUGCAAGUAGAUCCAGUGUUUCUUUCUAUCUGUGGACCAUCGCAAGCAGAAGUGGACAAAACAAAGCAUUUCUUAGAGGAUAUGAUCACUCAGGAACAAGUGUUCCAGUCUAUCACAGACACAGCCAUACUUAACUUCUCAGACAAAGACCAACAGCGAAUCCAGGACCUGCAAAGCACUAUGAAUGUGACUAUAAGGUUAGACUACAAAGCCCAUAAGGGUUCAGAAGGGACCUCAGGACAGGCCACACUCACAGUACAAGGUCUCAGCCGAGAUGUUCUAAAAGCCACUCAGGAAAUCCAAGAAAUGCUCAAAACAGCCAAAGAGGAUGAGAUACUCAAAAAAGAAAUGGAUUACACAAGUGAACUUGUGGAUUGGCAGUAUGAACAAGGUGGGCAAUAUAAAAGUUUUGAUCAACGUACAAAUUGGGAGUUGGAAAAGGCCCUCGGCAGCCAAGCUCCAGACAUCAAAAUUUCCUUCCAAGGCCAAACGUACCAGGUCAAACUGCCUGAGGGUCCUGCGGUGAGCACCACUGGAGGAAACAAGAUGAACAUCCAACGCAUUGACAGACUGAAAGCUACUGAAAGUAUCCCACAGCAUUGGGAUGCCAUGGCACCUAAUGACUUGUACCAAAAGUUUAAUUUGCAACCGACCAGCACAGAAUACAAAGACGUAUUGGGGCGCUUUCAGGCCACUUGUCCAAACAACAAAGUCUUGAAGAUUGAACGAAUCCAGAAUCCUGGGAUGUGGAAGAACUACCAGAAUAACAAAAGUGUUAUGGAAAAAAAGAAUGGUCAUCAAAAGAAUGAGGAAAAACUCUUUCAUGGAACCAGUGAGCAGACUAUCAAUCACAUAAAUAAGAGUGGAUUUAAUCGCAGUUAUGCAGGAAAAAAUGCUGCAGCAUAUGGAAACGGCACUUACUUUGCACGUAAUGCAAGCUACUCUUCUAGCAACACAUACUCCGUGCCUAAUGCUCAGGGACAUAAGCACAUGUACCUCUGCAGAGUCCUUGCGGGAGACUUCACUAAAGGAGCAGGUGGGAUGAUUGUGCCACCUACAAAAAAUACCAACUGUGACCUGUACGACACAGUUGUGGACAACCCUGCUGCUCCUACCAUUUUUGUGGUAUUUCGUGAUGAUAAUGCGUAUCCUGAAUAUUUAAUCACUUUCACUUAGUCAUUUGAAGAUCAAUCAUUUUACACAGUGAAACUGAGGGCUUGAUCACAUCAGACACAAUCAGGGAGAAGAUUUUUAAAUGACUGUACUGUAGUUCCCAUAAUGUUCCUUACUGAAUCAUUAAAAAUCGAAAGGGCU